GGACAGCUUCUGGUUGGUAGGAGGGACCCAUAUUAUCAGGACAGCUCCACUCUAUUGGGCCCAGCGACUAUUCAUACACUCAAACACUUUCUUUGUUCAAACACCCAACAGAAGACAUCACAUCACUAAAACUUGAAGACAACACAUUUACACAACACAAGAAUUUCAAAAUCCGGAUAGAAAUGAGCUGUAACUCUUAUUCUUUCUCUUUCCUAAAGUACAACGACUCUCAAAACUCAUUAACURUCUMUCUCUCUCCCACUCACAGAGGGCGGGAUUAUGGCUGCCGAGAGUCUGACCGAGCUCCGUGAUUGUCUCUUUCUGCUCCUCCUGUGCRUGACUCUAUUGGCCGAGAUGCUGGAGUUGGCGGCGGCAGCAGUUACCAUGGAGGAAGGCGAGGAAGACUUCCCGUGCCCGUCAGUGUGCCGGUGUGACGAGGGCUUUGUCUACUGUAACGACCGGAGCCUGAGCAUGAUCCCUCCUCUACCGUUAACAGCUACCGUUCUCUACCUACAGAGCAACCGGUUGGCCAACUCCGGCCUGCCGGCGUCGUUAGAGCGCAGCAGUAGUAUCCGUGUGGUCUACCUUUACGCCAACCAACUAGACGAGUUUCCUAUACACCUGCCGCCGUCGCUACGGGAACUACACCUGCAGGACAACAACAUUCGGACGUUGCCGCGCACGGCGUUGGCCAGGUUACCGUUGCUAGAGCGGCUACACCUGGACGACAACUCCAUCUCCACAGUGAGCAUCCAGGAGCGGGCCUUCUCCGGRACGCCGCGGCUGAGGUUACUCUUCCUCUCCCGGAACCACCUGUCCAGCAUCCCAGCCGGCCUCCCGGCUUCUUUAGAGGAGUUGAGGUUAGACGACAACCGCAUCAACACCAUCCCCACCCACGCCUUCCGGGGCCUGGCCUCACUGAGACGCCUGGUCCUGGACGGGAAUCUCCUGGCCAACACCCGCAUCGCCGACGACACCUUCUCCCGCCUGGCCAACCUCACGGAGCUGUCGCUGGUCCGCAACGCCCUGCAGGCCCCACCCAUCAACCUUCCCAGCACACACCUGAUGAGGCUGCACCUGCAGGACAACGGACUGAUUCACGUGCCCCGGGGGACCCUGGACGGGAUGAGGAGGCUACAGCGGCUGGACCUGUCAGGGAACAACCUGACCACUCUGGCCCGGGGGCUGCUGAGGGACACGGACGGCCUGGAGCUGUUGCUGCUCCGGGGGAACCCCUGGUACUGUGGCUGCAACCUGCGCUGGCUCCACACUUGGCUGUAUGGCCGCGGGGCGGCGGUGAUAGUACGGGGCCUGACCUGCCACGGGCCGGAGGCGGUGCGAGGCCAGGCCCUCAGGGACCUCUCUGGGCUCAUGGACCAGUGUGAAGGCCCCCCAGGAGGGGUGAACAGUGUGGGGGGUAGAGGAGGAGGUGGUCUGGGACUUGACACUGUCACUAGUACUACCACCUUUCCCCCCACCCAGGGCUCUCUGUUCACCCUCAGAGCCAUACGGCCGGGCCUGGUGAAGCCAUUACCACCGGGAGGAGAGGCGGGAGGUCAUGCCUCACACAACGCUCUAGAACUCACCGUGAAGCCUCUGUCGGCGGACAGUGUGCAGGUGACGUGGCUGUGCCCACGGCCGGCGCCCUCCUUCCGGCUGUCGUGGCUGAGGCUGGGCAGCAGCGCCGCUCUGGGUUCCAUCACAGAGACGCUGGUCCCCGGGGAGAGACAGCAGUACCUACUGACCCAGCUCACGCCACGAUCACACUACCUCYUCUGCCUGCUCCCCCUGCGCUCCACCUCCUCCCACUCUGGAGGGUCACAGAGAGGACAGCAGCAGGAAAAGGACACAACAGACCAGACCCCUGUCUGCUCUCAGAUAGAGACGGGGGAGGCUCUGCGCCCCGAGGGGGGAGACGGGGGUGAGGACUCGGACACAGAGAUGGCAGCCCUCCCCCUGGCCGAGAUUAUCGGCGGAGCCACGGCCCUGGUCUCCCUCAUACUCAUCUUCGGCAUCUUCUGCUGGUACGGCCAGCGCGCCGGGUAUGUCUCCGGGGAAACAGACUCCUAUGGGGUCAGAGGUCAGCGCGGGGUCGGGAAGCCGUACGAUGACUACGUGGAGUCGGGUACUAAGAAGGACAGCUCCAUCCUGGAGAUCAGAAGCCCCGGCUUUGCCAUGACGCCCAUGAUGACCCAUCAGCCACUGCAACCCAAAGGAGGGGAGGAUGUGACCUACGUGCACACCAUCUUCCCCUCAWCGCACAGUAACGGCACCUACCGGAGCAACCAGAGUCACAACGGCAUCAUCACCCAACUGGGUCACACGGCAGGCUACGGGACCAACCAGGGUUACCGGGAGCAAGGGAUGAUCCCGGAUAUAGAUUACACCUACACGUGAUGACAUCAUCUCAGACACACUUCUCCCACCCCCACCGGUUGGAUGCCGUUCUAAGGAUACGGUUCCAGCAGGCGGUUGGUUGGUUGGUCUCCUUGGUUCCAAAGUACCCUCUGUGCCUCCUCAGUUCUGCUCUGAAUCUUAUUGAUCUGUUACUAGCUGACUGGCUUGGGUUGCUGUGUCCCCACAGGGCCAUGUUAGCUGGGUGACAGAAGUGUUUCAGUGCUUCUCAUGUUUAUACAUUGUUUUGAGGUCUCAGUAUCUUUACAGCUACUGUACUCUUCAUUCUAUUCCAUAAAAGACAGUAGUUUGAGGUGGAUGUUUAGGCGUAGGCAGACGCUAAAAGGCAAAUAUAUUCCAGAGAGAAACACUUGUGUAGACUGCUACACUAUAUAUAUAUACAAAAGUAUGUGGACACCCUUUCAAAUUAGUGGAUUCGGCUAUUUCAGCCAUACCCGU